GGUUAUAAAUAUAUUUCCACUUGUUCAUCAUCUUCUUCAAGCAACCAACAAAGAUCUCCUUCAAACAUCAUACAUUCACAUUAAACAAUCUUACAAAACCGAUCUCAUAAUAAUGGAAGCUACAUUGAUCUCUUCACCAGCUUCGACUUCACCACUCCGGUUCCAUCCAUUGGUGUUUUCCCCGAAUAAAAUGACGACGUGGAGGACACAGAAGAAGAAGAUGAAGAUGAGCGUUUCUGCUGCUGCGUCUUCAGGGAAGGACCAUUACUACGGAGGAGGGAGAUUGGUGGACGAGAACAUGAUCGUUCUGAGGAAACGCAUCCACGAGAUGAAAAUGGUUGAGCGAAACUACGAGCCGCCUUCUCAUUGGUUGGAUUGGGAGAAGCGUUUCUACAGCAGCUACGACUCUGUGAUCUGCGAUUCCGUUGGUCUUCUCCAGAGCUUUCUCAUGAACUCUCGCCCCACCGUCGCAAUUGCAACGCUGCUUCUACUUCUUGUCAGCGUUCCAGUUUCGUCCUCUGUUUUAGCGUUUCACCUUCUUGACCUUCUCCAUUGGGUUCUCGCCGCCACAACGUCCGGUCAUGUGGGCUGAUCUAGUGAUCUGCCUGGCCCGUUUCAUUCUUUCCUUUUACUUGCCCAGAAAUUCUUUUUUUUUUUGUAUAUUGUAUAUUCUUUUAUUAUUUAUCUGAUUUAUACUUAACUUAAACUAAGUUCAAAAUCUCGUUAUUAAUUUAUCAUUUCUUUCAUGAAAUGUGUAUAAGUUUUUCUUUUUUUUACAUGUCAUUGUGACAAAAAAUAGAAGAUUCUGAUUACAUGAUUUCUUAAUAAGUUAGUGGAGUUUAACUUUCUUUCUCAUGUUUCUUAAAACAUGUGCAACAAGGAAUCUUUAGCUCGAAUCCAUAAAAAAGAAAUAUUAAAAUAUUGGUGUGGUCCAAAAAUCUUAAUAUAAAGAUUGAUCUUAGUUGCUUUUCGUUAC